UAGUGAUCAAGUAUCUUUACAAGAUUCAGUACAGGGUAUUCUAUAUUAAUAAACAGCGGGUACCAUUGAAGAAGAGCCACAAAUGUCUUCUAACUUUAAUGACACGUCAACCGUUGUUGAUCUAAUGAAUUUUGAUGAUGACUGGUUAAUUUCUAAUGACGAUAAUUUUGAUAGUGAUCCUAUUAGAAAAGCGGUUCAAGACGUAAAUGUUUCUAUGAUCGAUCAGCUCUUGUGUGAUCUUAAUUUUGGAAGAGAUUAUAAAAAUGAAACAAAAAAUUCAAAUGUAAAUAACGUUCAAGAAAGUAAAAUGAUACAAAAUGAGCAGAUUACAUCAAAGUCUCUAGAACAAGAAACACCUAAGAAAAAAAUGGAUAAUAAAACGAUAAAUAAUAAAUCUAAUGACGUCUUUAAAGAAGUUCCACCUGUUUCAUCUCCUGCGAACUCCAUGAAAGAAACACCACUUUCUUAUCCUUCUUAUGCUGAACCUACUAAUGGGACGCGACCACCUCAUACUAAUUUCAUGAAUGCAAAACAAACUGCUGAUCCUUCUCAUGUUAAAGCCGUAAAUGGGAAGUAUCCAACAGUUAUGCUUUGUACUCAUAAUAUGAAGGAAACACGAGAAGAGAUAAUUUCUUCAGCAAUGCAAAUGAAACGUCAAAGCCUAGUUGGUAAACCAAGAAAUAAGAGAAUAUAUUCUUUUUUUGAAUUGAUGAUCUAUCAAUUUUCACCUAUUACAAAGGAGUUACAUGCUAAUGUUAAUAAAAGAUUUAGUAGUUAUGCAUAUGAUUAUGAUUUGCUAAAAGAUAAUCCUCAAGCAAACGGUCAACCUCGACGUCCUGGUGUACUUCGGGGUACGACUUAUACGGCUUACCAACAACGAAACGGACGGAAUCAAACUUCAACUUCUCCUACCAGAAAACAUUUCGAGAGUCCAUUGGAACUAUCUUUUCUUAAAGAAUGUGUGAUUGCUCAAAAUCGAUGGACCGCUUUAUUGAAAGAGAGGGAGCUGCGGACAAGCUGUAUAAAAGAAUUUAAAGAUUGUAAGAGUAUGAAAUGGAUUAAUGCGCACAUGAACUUUACUGAUAAGCAUUCUGAGAGUUGUUUGGUACAUCAUGUAAAGAAUGAAGCAAGGUAUUAUGGAAAGAAUAUUCGAUCUGAAGAGAAGGAUACAUACUAGGAUUUACACAAUUAUAUUAUAGGCGAGUCCAAAUUUUCAAAAAAAAAAGAGAACGAAAAGAAUUUUUUUAUAGAUAUCUAAUU